AUGGGGAGAGUGGAAACAAGGAGGAUGGACAAGAAGUAUGGGUGCCAAUUCUGCCGCAAGGAGUUCCCAAACUCGCAAGCGCUCGGGGGCCAUCAGAAUGCCCACAAGAAAGAGCGGUUGAAGAGGAAGAAGCUGGAGCUCCAGGCCAGGAGAACUGGCGUCGGUUUCUACCUCCAACCUCUCAUCAAAAGCCACUGCUCCGGAUUCGACUUAUCGGUGCCAUGGUACUACCGUGCCACCGCGCCUGACUACCUCUUGUUUGAAGAGUCAAAUGGGAACUUCAAGACUGUGGAUCAGAAUGCCUUCUCAGGCGGUCUCCUGCCAUCUAAGCCACCUACCUUUGUGCCUCAUCUUCCGGUCGAGCAGCACCCCGGCUUGCAGGGAAUGAUGCAACAGGAGAAACAAUUGCCAAGCUGGCCAAUCGCCGCCAUAUCUUCGUCCUUGUCCAGGUCAAAACAAAGUUACCAAGAACUGGACCUUCAGCUGCGCCUUGCGGUGAAGUCCACUGCCUGCAACACUACCAGAAAUGGGUUCCAAGCUUAG